GUCACAACCCGGCCUCCUGCCCCGCCCGUCCCGCCUGCCUGUUCGUCGGUCCUCGCGGCGGCGGCUGCCCAGUGACAGUGGCUGCGAGACCAGGCCGGCCGUAGUAGCAUAGGGUCGUGCGGCCCGGAAACGCACACCCCGCCAAAGGACGGCGCGAAGAAGACCCGACCGGUGUCGCGUGUGAGGAGACCUCGCGGGCGCUGGGAGAGAGGCCGGCGUGAGGGAGCGCGGAGGCAGUGGCCACCGGCGGCCGGGCCCCGCCUCUCCUCGCGGCCGCCGCCAGCAUGAGCCACAUCCAGAUCCCGCCGGGGCUCACGGAGCUGCUGCAGGGCUACACCGUGGAGGUGCUGCGGCAGCAGCCGCCCGACCUCGUCGACUUCGCGGUGGACUACUUCACCCGCCUGCGCGAGGCGCGCUCCCAAGCCUCAGUCCCUCCCGCCGCUCCUCCUUCCGGCUCCCAGGAUCUAGAGCCCGGCCCUGGCCUUGUAGCCGACGCGAACAGGGACAGCGAGUCGGAGGACGACGAGGACUUUGACGUUCCAAUUCCUAACAGAUUUGAUCGGCGAGUAUCAGUCUGUGCUGAGACCUAUAAUCCUGAUGAGGAAGAGGAAGAUACUGAUCCAAGGGUGAUUCAUCCUAAAACUGAUCAACAGAGAUGCAGACUUCAGGAAGCUUGCAAAGAUAUUCUCCUUUUCAAAAAUCUUGAUCAGGAACAGCUUUCUCAAGUCCUUGAUGCCAUGUUUGAAAGGACAGUCAAAGUCAACGAGCAUGUUAUUGACCAAGGAGAUGACGGAGACAACUUUUAUGUCAUAGAACGGGGAACCUAUGAUAUUUUAGUAACAAAAGAUAAUCAAACCCGUUCUGUUGGUCAGUAUGACAACCAUGGCAGUUUUGGAGAACUAGCUCUGAUGUACAACACCCCGAGAGCUGCUACCAUUGUCGCCACUUCAGAAGGCUCCCUUUGGGGACUGGACCGUGUGACUUUUAGAAGAAUCAUCGUGAAAAACAAUGCAAAAAAGAGGAAGAUGUUUGAAUCAUUUAUUGAAUCUGUGCCGCUUCUUAAAUCACUAGAGGUGUCAGAACGAAUGAAGAUUGUGGAUGUAAUAGGAGAAAAGAUCUAUAAGGAUGGAGAGCGCAUAAUCACUCAGGGUGAAAAGGCUGAUAGCUUUUACAUUAUAGAGUCCGGCGAAGUGAGCAUCUUGAUUAGAAGCAAGACUAAAGCAAACAAGGAUGGUGGGAACCAGGAGGUCGAGAUUGCCCGCUGCCAUAAGGGUCAGUACUUUGGAGAGCUUGCACUGGUCACCAACAAACCCAGAGCUGCUUCAGCUUAUGCAGUGGGAGAUGUCAAAUGCUUAGUUAUGGACGUACAAGCAUUUGAGAGGCUUCUGGGACCCUGCAUGGACAUCAUGAAGAGAAACAUCUCACACUAUGAGGAACAGCUGGUGAAGAUGUUUGGCUCCAGUAUGGAUCUGAUCGAUCCUGGGCAGUAGGUGUGCCACACCCCAGAGCCUUCUCAGUGUGACACCAAAACUAUCCGGUCAGCCACAGAACACAUACAGUAAAACAGACACGAGAGAACUGUU